AUGUAUGCUCCAGAGAGUAAAACGUGGAAUUGGACAGACCUCACUCCAUUAGUUACCAAUUGUUGUAUGAUCUUAGGUGAUUUUAAUAUUGAUAUUGAACAAGAUGGUGAAAAAGCAGAUAGACUUCUCGAGUGGAUGGAUUCAUGUUGCCUUGGGCCGGUAGUUCCUGAUUCCAACACAUCACUUCGCUCGGGUCGAACUAUUGAUUAUGCUGUUACAAUCGGUGUUGAUCUAACAAUUCAAGCUUAUGAAGGUGAUACCACUAGUGAUCAUAAACCUCUAUUAGGUGUACUGGUUGGCGAUAAAACCUCCACAGACGAAGGAUGCAGAACAAUAUGGCCUGUUUUCACUCUAAUGUUAUCUUACAUAUUUGAUUAUUGGGAAAAAGAAUGGAACACAGAGUCUUAUGAUAUAUCUUAUGAGCGGUUUAUCUCUUUUCUUACAUUACUCAUGACCAGAUGUCAACAACAUUUUACGCUUAACCAUGCUAGACCAUCCAUUCCACAGAACCUUGUGAAACUACUGGCUCAGAGCCGCUCGUUAUCGUUCAAAGCUAAGCGGAAGGGAGAUAUUGAACUACGAAAAGAAGCUCGUCGUCUACGUAACUUAGCACGCUUCGAGUUAAAAGUUUUUCAAAAGGAACAAUUAGCCAAACAGGUAAAAGAAAGGCACUAUCCAGGUGAAACAUCUCGGCUAUUCUGGAGUAAAACAAAAAGACAUUUUCGUCAAGUUUCGUCAUCAUUAAGGGGGUUCUUGUCUCCAGGUGGAGAAAUUAUAAAAGACUCGCAAAUAAUGGCCAAUAUGGCAGCUGAUCAUUAUGAAAGAUUAUUUGAAGCACCAGUAGUGAUACGUCCACACCCAUAUGUCGAUGCUCCUCCAGUACAAUGGGAAAAUGCAGCUGAUCAUAUACCGAAGGUUACUUAUCCAGAAAUAUUAAAUAUUUUACGUUCAAGAAAGAAAAAACAGUCUCUUGAUAUUCAUGGACUCUCACCAUUUAUACUUGAUAAAAUACCCCAAAACUAUUGGCAUCUACUAGUACAACUAUACAACUAUUCUUUUACUGAAGGAUACAUUUUAAAGAAAUUUAAAGAAGUUAGAAUGAUACUGUUAGCAAAGAAAAAUGCGGUGUGCUCACCAGAUCAAACUAGACCAAUCUCUCUGCUCGAUUCUUUUCUGAAAGUACAAGAAAAAUUAUUUCAUAAUCGAUUUUUAAAAAUCUUAAAUGACCGAGGUAUUUUACCAGAUAACCAAUCGGGAUUUCGUGCUGGAUUUAGAUUACAAACACGCGUACUGCUGCUCGUCGAACAGAUAUCAUCAUACAUGUCAAACAGCUCUCCAACUGCGACUGUCUUUGUAGACUUUAAAUCGGCGUUCGAUCAGUUAUGGUUCGAAGGAUGUCUUGGGAAGCUUACAAGGAUGGGAAUUCCAACAGCCUUCGUCAAUUGGAUUCGAGCUUGGCUUAGUGAUCGCAAAGCAGUGAUUGAGGUACAUGGCAAUCCUUCACGAUGGAUCAAAAUUAAUCGUGGUGGUCCCCAAGGCUCUAGUGUUACACCGACGUUAUUUAUUACAUACCACAGCGAUAUGGCUGAUUUUAUACCAGGUGCAAUGUCUUUCUUCUUUGCAGAUGAUCUGGCUGCAGUUCUAGCCGGUCAAAUAGGAAUCAGAUUUAAAGAUCAAUGCUUAGACCUGGAACGCCGCUUACACACUUUGUUUGAGCAACUAGAAUUCUAUGCAAUACUUGCUGUACAACCGAUUAAUUAUUCUAAAACACAAGCCAUGUUCUCAGCAAGAGCUGUUAGUUAUCCGAAUCCCCUACCUCAAGUGCAUUGUGGUGACCACAAAGUGGAAUGGAUCACCUCAUUUAAGUACUUGGGGUAUUGGCUCUCGACGAAGCUAGGUUGGGGAAAUAUCAUCAGCAAGACGAAGCUCAUCGUUCGUCAACGAACUGCCUUAGUGAAUUCCCUCAGAAUAAGUGGCACAUCAUCUACACAUCUCAGACGUAUUCUCUUUUCUACAUUCGUCCUACCACAUUUCACAUGGCUAUUUGGGUUAUUCCCAUUAUUUACUGAAUCACAGCGCACAAGUCUUAAUCAUCUGUAUUUUACACUUUUAAAACGUGCUUAUCGUUGUCAGGUGUGGGAGGAUUUAAUAUUUUCAUCGAUGUAUAAUGAAAAACAUCUAGAUGAUCAUUGUUAUGCAUACUGGGAAAAAUACUUAAAAGCUCUGGAGAAGUCCAAAGAUGGUUAUUUAUUAUGGGAACAAUCGGAACUGAACGAGUAUAGAUCAAAAUGGCAAGAGGGUGACAGUUCGAUCCGUUGCCUUAGAAGAUCAAAAAGAUUCGUAUCCCACAGGAAUGUGCUAGAACAAGCAAUAAAUUGGAUGGCAACCCAUGGGACAUCAGAUUCAGUCAUCCACUACAGUGACGAAGAUCUUCUUUGUUUUGCACGGUUCCCUGAUAGUUUCAAGUAA